AUGGAGUUGAGACCUCUACGCUUAUAUGCAGACCUCAAAUCCCAAAAGAUUGCCGAGGCCCCGUGGACUGCGGUGGGUGUUCGCUUGCCUCGCUCUGAAAUGGUUCCACGUGCUCCGGUACCAGAAGACCAUGACACGGAACCAGCGUCAGACUCCCGAGGCAUAGGUCGUAGCGGCAAGGCCCUGCAAAGAUCCGACGACAACUCUGCUCUGCUCGAGCUCCCGUCACUGAUCCGAACUUUCAAAAUCCAUGGAGAUUCUUUCAGACUGAUAGCGGUCAACUCGAGGGACUGGGAACUGCGAAAGGAGCAUGCGUAG